UUGUUUGUAUUGAAAGCCAAUAUGGAAAGGUUUUGUUAAACCAUCCCCUGGUCAAAACACUUGAAGCAUUACAUCCAUGUUAUUAGAUGGAAAUAACCUUGUGAUAUGAAAGGAAGUGUAUCUAUGAUCUGAAUGUCUGUUUUGAACUUGGUAUUUCUUAAUACUGCAUAGCACAGGAUAGUUAUUUAAGUGAAUUAUCAAUUAUAAGUGAAGUUGUGUUGUUUUCUGGUUAAAAUAGUGGUAAUUGUUAUUUAUUAUUCAGGAUAUGAUAUCAGGAAAAGUGGCUAAUUGUCACAGUGGAGAAUGGUCCUAUAGCCACUUUGUCUGUUGUCUGGUGGAUUUAGAGAUAGGGCUUGGAAGCAUAGAAUUUGUGACAAAAUCUUGAAAUACACUGACAAAAUCUUGAAAGUAACUGAGUAAAUUUUGAAAUUAACUGAAAAAAAUCUAGGAAUUAGUGGACAAAAAUCUAUAAAUGUAUUGGCAAAAUCUAAUCAAUGCCAAGAGGACAAUAAUAGUCACGUUCGCUUUAUCACUGCCUGUAUGAGUCUGCUAUUCCUUGUGUGAUCGGAGGCAAUGUCCUUGUACAAACUAUUGGAUUCAAGAGGUCUGUGACACACCCGUCUGCUUGUGUAGUGUGUUCAUGUGUCAGAGGAAUAUUCUGUGGAUUCGGAAAAAGGAGUAAAGAUGGAGGUUGCAAAACCAGAGGUUACAAAUAACCCUGUGGAGUCUGUGAAUUCUACAAAUAAGACCCAGUCUGAUUUCUCGGACACGUCCAGCGUGAGUGAGUCCAGGCACCUGUUUGAAGAUGAGAGGCGGGCCGAUCAGGAUCAGUCUAGCAUUCCGAUGACUAGCUUCAACUUCAUUAACUCGAUCAUUGGCUCCGGAAUUAUAGGCAUUCCAUUUGCUAUGAAGCAGGCAGGGUUUGGACUCAGCAUAAUACUUCUCAUAGUAGUUGCAGUUAUAACAGAUUACUCCAUUUUAAUGUUGAUAGAGGCGGGGAAGCUGUCCAACACCAAAACUUACCAGGACAUGAUGCUGGUGGCGUAUGGUAGGCCAGGCUUCUAUCUUCUCACCUUCCUACAGUUCUUGUACCCAUUUAUUGCUAUGGUCAGUUAUAACGUCAUUAUCGGGGACACAGUCACGAGGCUUAUCAUUCGUAUUGGUGGAAACCAUAUAGCUGGGACAGUACUUGGAACGCGGCAGUUCAUCAUUUUCCUCUGCACGCUGUUUAUUACUUUACCAUUAUCUCUGUAUAGAAACAUAGCCAAACUGAGUAAGUGGGCGUUUGUGGCAGUGGUUCUAGUUGGAGUUAUUUUGCUAUUCAUCAUUAUACGCCUAGGAACCUUUGCACAUAACAUUCCCCAGACUAGCGGUGCAUGGGACUUUGCCGAUGUAAAUAUCACUCAAGCUAUCGGCAUCAUGGCAUUCGCCUACAUGUGUCACCACAGCAUGUUCCUCAUCCACGCCUCCCUGGAGAAUCCCACAAAGGAGCGGUGGAACUUUGUGACUCACAUCAGUGUGAUCUUGUGUAUGGUUUUCAUGCUGGUGUUUGGUAUCCUUGGUUACGCCUCCUUCACCGGAUAUACUCAAGGUGAUCUCCUGGAGAACUAUUGUGAGACUGAUGAUCUGAUGAACGUGGCCAGAUUAUUAUUCGCUGUCACCAUCAUGCUGACUUACCCAGUAGAGUGCUUCGUAACCCGUGAGGUGAUAGAAAACGCUUUUUUCCUGAGCCACGAGGACCGACCGUUGUGGCGCCAUCUGGUAAUCACAGUGCUUGUCUCCCUUCUUGCUUGUGCUAUCUCUAUGGCCACUGACUGCUUGGGGAUUGUACUCGAACUCAACGGAGUCAUUGGAGCUGCCCCGCUAGCGUUCAUCAUCCCACCGCUGUGCGUCAUGAAACUGCGCCAGGAACCAAUCUUCUCCAGGGACAACAUCAUCCCCAUUGCCAUAGCAACCUUCGGCACUCUCGUCGCUACCGUGGGCUUCGUUAUGGCCAUUGUGAAUUUCUCCGAGGGGAACCAGUGUAGCCACGGUCAGGAACCGGCCUACUGUCUCUCACCAGACCCAGCAAUAGUUAAUCUGACAAUCAACAACUCUUAUAUACAGACCACCACACUGUUUGCAUAGGAAAUUGCUUCAUAGAAACAGAAAUUAAUAGAAAAAAAAAUAUAUGAUACUGUAUGUGAAAAUAGAUUUGUAUUUUAAUUCUACAUUUGAAAGUUCGAAUAUUGUAGAUUUCUUAGUAUGACCUAUUUUAGGGUUGCUAUAGAAAUUUGUUUAUUUAAUUGAAAAAUUUCUUUUAAAUUGUUGACAUGUAAAAAUGACGAUCUAUUUUUCUCUGCUCAGAUUAAAUUUUACCCAGCGUGUAAUAAUAGAACGAUAUAUGGCUCGCCGACAUUAAUGUGGCACUGACUUUUAUUCAUGAAUAAAUUUAAGUACCGUUACAACAAAUAAAUUAGUUCCGUUUUUUAAAGAAAUUCUAAUCGAAUGAAGCAUAAUAUUGUAAGUCUAAUUAAACUUGUGAAAAACGUGCACGAACAAAAUAAAAUC